GUUGCCGACAUGGAGCGGGUCACAGACAAUCAGGACGGGGCAGAGGCGCCGCGCGAUCCUGGAGCUCUUACGUCGCACCCCAGCUACACGGAUAAGGAUUUCGAAGGACAUCGAGGCCAGACGGUCUAUGUCGGGCUUCAUGUGCCCGGAUAUAGACGUCGGGCCAGCGCUUCGGGACCUUCAGGACACCACAGACGUCACCGCCAUCAUGGCAAAAAAGGCUCGCCUCAAGGAAGCGGUGCCCCUGUUCAGGAAGACAGGAUUCAAGCUCCGGCAGAACGAAUCCAUUUUCUCUUGGGCGAAGAGGAUGAGGCUCACGAAUCGCAUCCCCUCUUCUCUGAAAUGGAAGUUCUCACCCAAAGCCAAGAGACCGGAGAUUACGAAUGGAGGGAGGCCGCCCGCUGGAUCAAAUUCGAGGAGAACGUAGAAGAAGGCGGCGACCGUUGGUCGAAACCACACGUAUCGACAAUCUCCCUCCACGCGCUGAUGGACCUUCGUAGCUUUUUGCUCAACGGAACAGUCUUACUAGACAUGGAAGCCUCCAGCCUAGAGAGCAUCGCGGAACUAAUCCUCGAGAACAUGGUCAAUUCGAAACAGCUUCCUAUGACGGCUCUGGACUGUCGCGAUCGCAUCAAAGAAAUUCUUCUGAAGCGACAUCGUCAUCAACACGAGAAGCGACAGACAGACGCCAAGCGCCUUCCUUUAAUUCGCUCCCUAGCUGAUAUUGGACGCAACAGCUCCAAGUCAAUGUUCGGCAAUGCCAACAACAGUGAAAUGGAUGCAGGGGCUACUCCCGCUCCGGCUCAUGCAGGUCCUCUGCUAAGUGUUCCAGGUGCAUCUGUGCCGGCGUGCACUGACCAGUUGCACGGUAGUCCCAGCUCCAAUUCACUGCAUGCGGGGCAGCAUGCCAACAACGACAGCUCUUCCCCCGAUCUUCAACACAGGUUGAAUCAAGCUUUCAUGCGCAAAGUUCCGUCAGGUUCCGAGGCUGUGAACAUUUUAGUAGGGGAAGUGGACUUCCUCGAACGACCUAUUAUGGCGUUCGUCCGUCUCAACCAAGCCAUGUCGUUGGGGGACCUCACGGAGGUUCCUGUGCCGACCAGAUUCUUCUUCCUACUGCUCGGCCCCACCGGUGAGAUGGUCCGCUACCAUGAAGUAGGCCGCUCCAUGGGCAUUUUAAUGACUGACGACGUGUUCCACGACGUGGCUUUCAAAGCCAAAAACCGAGACCAUCUUUUGGUCGGUAUCGAUGAAUUCCUCGACGCAGCCGUCGUGCUGCCCCCUGGUGCGUGGGACCCGGCCACCAGGAUUGAACCUCCUCAACACGCACCCUCGCAAGAAGCGAGAAAGAAGCAGGAAUCAGAUCUCACUCCCAAACUCAAUCCUGAAGAGGAAGAAGAGAGAGAACGUGAAGAGAGCGGUUUAAAACGGACCGGAAAAUUGUGGGGUGGUUUGAUGAAUGAUAUCCGCCGAAAGAAGCCCUGGUAUAUCUCAGACUUCACCGACGCGUUCUCGCUACAAUCGAUCGCGUCAAUCUUCUUCUUGUAUUUCGCCUGUUUGACUCCGAUCAUAACUUUCGGUGGUCUACUCGGCGCGGCGACAGAUAAUCGAAUUGCCGCUAUGGAAUCUCUCAUGUCGGGCGUGAUCUGCGGAGUGGUUUACGGUCUCUUUGCUGGCCAACCACUGACCAUUCUCGGAUCGACCGGGCCCGUGCUUGUGUUCGAAACGAUCAUGUACGACUUCUGUGAAGAUCACAACUUAGAUUACCUUUCGUUGAGGUUCUGGGUCGGAAUCUGGACAAUGAUAAUUUUAAUUUACUUGGUGGCAUUGGAUGCCAGCGCUCUGGUGUGCUACAUCACGCGUUUCACUGAAGAAAACUUCGCCACUUUGAUUUCGUUGAUUUUCAUAAUCGAAGCAUUUAAAAACGUGGGGAAAAUCGGCAAAGACAGCCCAUUGAAUCGGGACCUAUCGGUCCGCUUCAAUUGCGAGUGCCGACCGGGAAAUAGAUCUUCUAACUUCAGCGUCGAUUUCCUGCGGGAUCUCAGCCAAAGCGACUGUCGACGCUACGGCGGCGAUUGGGUUGGGGAGGGCUGCGCUUACGUACCCGACGUGUUCCUGCUGUCGGUGGUGCUUUUUGCAGCGACAUUCCUCCUGGCAACGUCACUCAAGAGCUUCAAAGUCACCAACUAUUUCCCAACAUGGGUUCGAAGCAUCGUUUCGGAUUUCGCGGUCGUCAUCGCUAUCUCAUCAGUGAGCUUCAUCGACCUCGCCAUCGGACUCGACACCCCAAAACUCGAAGUUCCUGAGAAGUUCCAACCCACAUGGUCCGGCCGAGGAUGGCUCAUUCCGCCAUUCAACAACAAUCCAUGGUGGACGGUCCUCUUAGCGAUUCCGCCCGCCCUGUUGGCUUGCAUCCUGAUUUUCAUGGAUCAGCAAAUCACAGCUGUCAUCAUCAACCGAAAAGAGUAUAAACUCAAGAAAGGAUGCGGCUACCAUCUCGAUCUCCUCGUGCUCGCCAUCCUCAUCGGAAUCUGUUCCGUAUUCGGUCUUCCCUGGUUCGUGGCCGCCACCGUUUUGGCCAUGACCCACGUAAACUCCCUCAAAAGAGAGUCUGAGUCAUCCGCUCCGGGAGAGAAACCACAGUUCCUUGGAGUCAGAGAACAGCGUGUCACCCAAAUCGUGAUUUUCAUUCUGGUCGGUCUCUCGGUGUUCUUCACGAAAUUGUUGAGACACAUUCCUAUGCCAGUGCUGUACGGCGUGUUCUUGUACAUGGGGGUCAGCUCAUUGCAAGGCUCGCAGCUCUUCUCGAGGAUUCUCAUCGUGUUCAUGCCGCAAAAAUACCAACCGGACUACAUGUUCCUGCGGAGCGUUCCCACACUACGGGUGCACAUGUUCACUUGCAUCCAGGUCCUCUGCCUGGCAUCGUUGUGGCUUGUGAAAAGCUACAAACAGACUUCGAUUGGCUUCCCACUCAUGCUUGUGGUCAUGAUCGGAAUUCGAAAAUGUCUCGACUUUAUAUUCACUAGAAAAGAACUUAAAGUGUUGGACGACAUCAUGCCAGAACACAAGCGAUUAGAGGAAGCCGCGAAGAAUACAUCUGACCCUAGUCUCGCCGGUGGGACCGGCGGCGGCGCCCUUGAAAUGAAAGCCACGGGCGGAGGCCUCGGUGGCGUUUCAAUUCAACUCGUGAACGGCGACAUAAUGGAAUGCAAAGAACCCGUCCCCGGCAUCAAUAUCAGCGAGCAGAUCCAGAAAACAACGCUCUGGAAGUCGAUAGACCAACAGAACGCGGUUGAGAAAGAAAAACCGAUAUCCAUCAUCGUGACCGAAUCCAGCGGCGGAAAGAAGAAGAAACGAGGCUCAAAGAAAGACGCUGUCUCCGAAGAAGAGCGGAGACGGCUGUCGACAAUGACAGAAGAAAACAACGAUGAGGACGAAGAUUGCGGGAUAACAAUCAAUGUCCAGUCGGCCACCCCAAUUCCUCAGAGUUCGCCCCAGGAGGCCAAGAAGUCCUUCAGCAGCCCGGAGUCUCCAAGAGGCUCUGAGACCACUGUAUGA